AUUUACCUCAGAGGUCAUGAGCACCAAGAUGGUUUCAGAGACAGCAGUGAAGUGGUGAUGUUCAUUAAUGUUAUUGCACAGCCUUAUUAUUCUGACAAUUCAUGCGAUUCGUAGACGUUAGCGGUGUCUGCUAAACUUUGCCACUGCAAGGCACAGCGAGACUGGAGCAUAAUAAUAACGCCCUGUACACAUAUGCGGCUUCGAAUAGGGCCAUUUGCACAACCGAAGUCAAAGGCCGUGGCGAAGUUCCGCAGUAAGCUGUUUUCUCUUUGCCCCCAGUGCUCAGCAGCGGAGUUUCGGUCCAUUACAUCUUACGGCUCGUAGCAUAUAACGUUCCUGCUUUAGUUGCAUGUUGAGGACUGGAGGUGAGGUGAUAGCUGAUUGGGAGUGACCUAAUCUCCUGGGCCCAAGAGCUCAUAUCACUGGGAGGCAGGCAACCUGGUGAAAGAUGCCUUCAGAUGGGAAAGCAAAGGUGACAAAGAAAGUGGACCUGAGGAGAUUGAUGCAACAAAAGAAACAAGAUGCUGCACAAUCAAAGAAGGUUGACUCACCACUAGCAAGGUACUCGAGCUCGGGCCAGCUGAGCUGUGUCGUCUGCCGGACGCCGGUGAAGAGCGAGCUGGCGUGGACGGCGCACCUGGUCAGCCGCUCGCACAAGGAGCGGGUGGCGGCUCUGCGCGACCAGCAGGGCGGCGACAAGCGGCCCGCGCCGGCCGCCUCCGCCGCCGACGACCGCACACGAGCCAAGCGGCUCAAAGGAGACAAGUCGGUCCCAGACGACUUCUUCGAGAAGCCACAGGUGCCAAAGAAAGGCAUAUUGAAGAAUGCUCCUCGGCCAGCGCCGAAACCAGCAGUGCCUAACCGGCUGCAGCCUUCACAAGCAGCGCCAGCUGUCGAAAAAAUGGACACGGACGAUGCAGGUGCUGUUCCGGAUGCCGUGUCACCACCGUCCACCUCCGAACAGCUGCCCGACACCGGGCAGCUGCCCGAGGGCUUCUUUGACGACCCGCUUAAAGAUGCCAAGGCGCGGCACGUGGAGUACCGCGACCCGGCCGAGGUCGAGUGGGAGAAGUUCCAGCGCGAGAUGCAGACGCAGAUGGCCGAGUCGGAGGUGAUCCUGGACGAGGACCAGCAGGAGGCCACCGUCGGACGCCAGAUCGAGGAGGUCGACGAGCAGAUCCGCAACCUCUCCAGGGUGAUCAGCAUGGAGAAGCGGAAGGAGCAGUUGGCACAGCAGGAAGCGGCAGCGGCGGCGGCGGCCGCUGCGUCCCGGCCAGACGACGGCGACGACGACUCGAGCGCCGACGAGGCCGAGGUGGAUGAGUUCCUCGACUGGCGGUCGAAGGGCGCCUGGAAGUGAGGGCUCGCCGCGCUCGCGCACCGCCGGGAGCGCCGUCGUCCCCCGCUGGACGGCUGGACACCACCAUCGGCUGCGGGAACCCGCCCUCUGCGAGCGCACCACGGGUGGCGCCGCCGCCAGCGGUGGACGUGGUCUGCAGACGUCGACGUCUGCUGGCGUGACGUCUGGACGUGGUGUACAGGCGUGGUCUAGGACGUGAUUGGUGCACACGAUGUGCCGGCGAGGUCGGUGGGCGUGACGUGUGGUCGAGGCCUGUGAAUGGCGUCUGUGAUGUGGCCCGUGAUGUGUUGGCACGAAGGCCGACGCUGCUGUGCAGCCUGAAGCGAACAGACGGCGUGAGUCUUCGUCGAGCGCCGUUCGGAUGGCGUGAUCGGCCGGGUGGCGUGAUUCGUCACCAUCAGGCGGUGGAGCCGUGCUGGUGCCGGCCCGACGCGGCCGUGCCGCCGCGGCAAUGGCCGACGCGGGUGGCCUGACAACACCGGAAUACAUGUCACCGCCCGCUCUA